UACCAUGCCAGAACUCUAAAAUAGGAAGGAGCACGGCUGCACUGCUGAGUUCAACUGCAUUGCAACUUUAAGGUUGCACAUGAUGCAGGACCUAAAGCUUGCAUAACUGAAACUACAAACAGUUCUCCUCUUCAACCAGUGGCAGUCCAUUGGCCCUCCACUUUAAGCUGAUAAGUGGAAGCUGCCAAUUGCAAGCGAUAGCUGGCCCCUCUCAAGCCAAGCUGCCGCGCAUCACUCCGCUGAGCUCCAAUGGGGUUCCUGACAGUCCCGGUCCUGGGGGUUUCUAUCCUAGGUGUGAUAUUCACGGUGCGCUUCAUUCAAGCCCUGGACGCCACCAGGCCCGAGGCAGGCUUCGUCUCGCUGCGGGAUAAGCUGCACGAGCUGGCGGGGGAGCACCCAGCUGCGGGAAUGAACCAUGGCAUCAAGGUUGAGAUCAUCUUUCUGAUACUUGCGGUUGUGGCGGACGGCCUCGAGUGUCUCUGGACUUUCAGCGUGCUCCUAAUCGAUCUCUUCAGCUACUGCUCGAAGGAUGGGCUGGAUGACCCCCUCUUCUCUGGGAUGCGCGAGCAGCUGGCCCAGUAUGCUUGGAAGGCUCCCGACAUCACCUAUGGGAGUCAGGUCAUGCGGCUCAUAGUCCUGGGCAGCAUUUGGAACAAGGGCGCGUUCUACGGCUUGUUCUGCUGGAGAGGGGGGGCGGUGCUGAGGUGGCAGGAGGUGGGGCCGCACCUGCUGGAGCUCCUAGCGGGGGCCCAUUCCUCCCCCUUGGGAGUACCCCCCCGGGGAGAUAGCCGGAGCGGGCUACCCAACACGUGCACUUAUGACGACGUCGCCAACAGCAUACGGGGCACGCUGCUCCUCUCGUUCGUCACCUUCUUCGUCGUGCUGCCAGCCAGCUACGCGGGCUGCUUGUGGAAUUUCGAACGGGGAUCCCUCUCGUGCGGCGGCAAGGUGGGCUACGGCCUGGUCACGGCGUGGGGGUUCGUGUGGGCGCUCGUCACCAACUUCUUGAUCAACGUCAAAGUGAUGCUCUCCCUAGGGGCCCUUUUGAGCGUCCAAGCCUUCUACCUCGGCAUUGACGACAACAAGCCGUUCAUAUUCUCCAUCAGCGCCUGCCUCGUCGCGUCGGGGGCUGCCCGGAACCUCUGGGUUAUGAUGCAAAGCAUCCUCCGCCAGACCAUGUUCGAGCUGGGCUUGGUUUCGGAGGGACCCCCUGAAUCCAACCGAGUAGUGGAUAACACGCCCAUGAUGAUUGCAGGCUUUUUAAGCAUCGUUUUAUAUAUCGUGUCAGCCGGGCAGCUCAAGCACUCGUCUAUCCUUCGAGCGGACCUUGCGGUUGGCAUAACCUGGCUAGAUCUGCUGCUGGCGGAUCAGUAG